CGCAGUGCGCCUCGAGUCCCUUAUAUUACAUUCCAUUCCGCUCUCCUCUUCCCGGCCAGCCCUCACAUUGUCCCAACAUGCGCCCAGCGGCGGCGAGCAGUUCGUUUUCGCGUAGCCAGCGCUAUGCGCCCAUAGAUUCAUCGCCCGACCACCGAGGCACCAGAGAAGCCUAUUUACAAAGCCCUAGCUAUGCGUCUUCGUCAAUACCGCCUCCACACCGUCGUACUUGGGAGCCAGAUCCUCGGGUCUCACGGCCGGAAGCAGUUGCUGCUGCCCGGUUCUCUGGCCUCCAACGCGAAGGCGAGGACCUCCGUGCGGGCUUGCUUGAACUCCAGCGACCUCUGCUUGGACGCAAGUAUGCCAUAAAAGACAGACGACCGCUGGACCCGCCUCCCAUAGCGAAACUGCAGCUAUAUCGCACCGUCGAAGAUAGAAGAGGUUGGGAACAAAAGCAGCUCAUCGAAGAUUAUUCUGAGUUCUCCGAAUUGGGCCUUAUUUGUCACGUUGAUUUAUUUCCCGUUCCGAAGAUGACUGACAGCCACUGCGUUCCGCAAUCUUCAGAUGAAGAUUCAGAUGUGGUGGCCAGUCUGGACGGCUAUCUUAUACGGGAGAGCAGCAAGUGUUCCACAGCGCUUGCAGGCGAAACCUUCGUACAGGCAGCGAAACUAGAGUACAAGGGCAGCGUCGUACUGCUUUUCAUCUUCCCGGAUAUUUCUGUACGCACAGAAGGCAUUUUCAUCCUGCGCUAUCGCUUCUUCGACCUCAGCCUGUUUCCUGGAGAAAUACCCGCAGGCGGGCUCCCCAUUCUCGCAGAGUGCUACGGAGGCACGUUUGAGAUAUUUUCCACAAAAAACUUUCCCGGCCUGCCGGAAUCAACGGAGUUGACCAAGCACGUCGCGAAAUAUAAUAUACGAGUGAACGUCCGUGAGACGAGGAGGUCGAGAAUACGGAAGCAGGAGGCUCGGCCACCGUAAUUAUACUGUUAGUCUCGGUUUUCGCGUCCUUUAGCACGGGACGUCCUGUUUGUAUUUCUUGUCGGACAAUUUCGUCGGGUAGCCCGUACGUAGGGUACGAACGGAAUACACUACCUAUAGAAGACCAAGCACCCUGCCUCGCAAGGAGCCAUCGGGCCUUAACCAUUCC